AUGUCCGCCUCCAAUCCGGAGCAAUUCUUAGUAAAAGAGAAACAACAGAAAGAGAAGGAGAAGCGAGUGCAAGACUUGCUGAAAUCGUAUUACCACGAACAGCAACAACAGCAACAGCAAGAGGAGGAGGAACAAGAACAAGAACAGAAACAAUCUUUCUCGAAGAAGACGAGGGAGAUUAAGGAACAAAACGAGCAAACGAACGAUGGAAUGAAAAGUUGGACUAAAGAGGAGGAAAAGGCCCACGCGGGAGCGACAUCGACUACGUCUCAACUACAUAGCGAUGAGAACAAGAAGAAGAAGAACAACAACAGUAGCAUUCAAAACAAAAAUCUCAUAGAAAUGCUAAAAACGAAAACGAUCGGAGAGUUACAGAACGAAUACGUGAACGUUUCCCGAGAGAUCAAACGUCUCGAAUCGCACGGGACGCACUCGGUGUACGAAAACUAUUCAAAGUUUAUCAACGCGGCGGACUUUAUCGAAAACGCGCGACCGGAAAUUGAGCAGUUGACGAAGAAGGAGAGCGUGAAGGUGGAGAAGGCGACGAAGGAAGCGGCGGAGGCAGCGAGGAAAUUGAACGAAACGUUAGACGCGAAACGUUUUGAAAGCAAAAGAGCGAGGGAGGUGCAAAACGUAUUGUUUAAUAUCCAAGAAGCUUUGAAGGCGCCAGCGACGAUUCGAAACGUUUUAUUUGGGUCUGUUUCUUCUUCUUCGGAAAGCGCUCGCGUGGAGAAGGCGGUGAGAAUCAUAGCGAAGACGAAACCGAUGCUCGAGAAGUUUUCUUCUUCUCCUUCUUCGGGCGUUAGCGGUGAACAACAACACAAGAGCGGGAAACUUUUCUUGGAAGCGAAGAAUGAAACGAUGAAAAUCUCGGAUGCGAUUGCAAGUUUGUUGAAGAAACGAGUUCGUUCGAGCUAUCAUGCGACGGCUUCGCAAACGGUUGGCGUCGGCGAGGGAGGUAAAGAUGAUUCCAACGCGCUCGAAAAUCUCGUGAACAAGCUUUCCUCGCACUCGUGCGCGGAGUGCUUAAAGUUGUUAGGCGUGCCUCGAGACGAAGUUCACGAAGAAUUCUUAUACGCAGAGAAGGAUAAAUUGGAGAAAAUUUUAACGGAUUUAGAAUCCGACAUCAGGAAGAGUAGUAGCAUUCGUAGCGAUUCAGGUGGAGCCGCCGAAACGUCCACGACGGUGGACUCGUUAUUCAAACCAAAGCUCGGGAAAGUAAACGAGCUAUUUUUGAACGAGUUCCAAAAGUGCGCGGCAUCGUAUUUGGAAGUUUUCCCCGAGGAUAGUCGUCAGCCUUUAGUUGACUUUGCUAAAGUUGUUUUCCGCAGAUAUUUUGAGCUUUUGAAAGUUAUUUUUAUCGACGGGGAAAGCGCGACCAAAGAGGAGGGGAAUAUGGGAAAUUUGUCCUCGGUGCGACACAUGUGCGCGGCGUUGGGUAACAUGGCUGCCGAUUUGGCAUCUGCGCAUAAGCUACUCCCAGAGUGUGCUCUCGGCGAUCGAGUGACAGAAAUUGUAGAAAAAAGUAUUCGAAAACGCAUCGAAGACGCGCAUUUACGACGAGAGUCCAUCUUAUCGGAGAAAAUUUCGCAAAUCGAACAGUUGUUGUCGUCCUCGGGGAGCAAUACAGCUGCGGCGUCGCCAACCAUCGUCGCCGAUGCCGUCGAGGAUUUCUUGAGCACGCACGAAACUACAGCUAACAUCAUUAUCGCGGAUAUUAAGGCGUUUUCGGAAGAGCGUCCUCUUUUGUUACAAAGUUGGAGAGACGAGUUUGGUAGAUUUUCACGCGCCUUGUUCGCGACGAGUCACCACGCUCUGUGCGCGCGACUGGUUGGAUUUGGUAGUUGUCGUGCCAAUUCUUCUUGCAUUCCGUAUUUAUCCCUGUCGCAAGGAUUACCAAAUAGUCCAUACUUGCAACGCAACAACAAGACUAACGGAGGUUCCUCGACGGCGGCCUCUUCGCUCAUCGCAUCUGUCUUGCUCUUCAAAAUUGGCGACGAAAGCUACACACUUGAAAACGGACUCGCAAAAAUUUUUCCUUCUCAUGUGGUGAGCGAAAAAGGGAAGAGGAGUGCGGCAUACGACGAAAGAUUACUUCGCACAAUUGCAAUGGCUUGUUUUCGAGAUUGUUUUCGAGAGUUUUUGAUGCUUUCGACGUCAAAGUUAGAUGCGUUGUUGAUCCAGUACGAAAACGCUUCUAUAACGGACUUAUUCGUGGACGCGUUGGAAAAAAUCAAGCACGACGUGAAAAACAUUGAAGCGUCGCCAACGCUCGUGCAGAUGUUGAACUCCUCGACGUCAGAACCGUUAACUAACGAUGUGGGUGUUGUGCUAGAUGAAAACGCGUUCGAUAUCUUCGAGUGCAAAAAUAAGUUUUCAACCGCGCGAAUCGUUCGGAGGUGCGUGGAAAGCUCGCUCUCCAACUUUCAAGACUAUAUCUUUACGAAUGUUCCUACCUUUACUAAGGAAACAUUGAAGCAUUUCGAAGAGCAAUGCGAUGCUAUUGAGCAAGAGUUGAAUAGAGAGUUCCACGAAAAUACGGAGACGCACGAGACGUGUUUUGCUUCGCUGAAGACUCUGGCUCGCAAACGCGACGUCGACGGAGCGGCGCACGCCUCGUCUGUAGAAGCUUCGAAGUUACUGAAAGAUAUUCAAAAGAUCUAA